CAGAAAUAAACCGUGCAGAGCCAUACAUUUACACAUUUUCCACUUGCAAACCAACCUGGACUUGGGGAAGUAGAUUUAUGUAUAGCUUUCUGCAUUAAAGCACGAAAAAGAAAUGAAAAGUUUCAAAGUCAUUGUUUUUCUGUUGUUCAGCUUAUAUUUGAAAGGUUGUUUGCCAGGAGCCACAAACAAUGAGACUACAACUGUUGCACCAAACCAUUCAGUUUCAUCAGUAACAAGUGGCACGCCAAUUUCAGGAGAUGUGACGACCAUACAAACUACAACUGAAGUGUCAAACAGUUCAUCAGCGACAAAUACGUCCACUAUUACAACAUCUGCAGGAAGUGAAAACUUCACAUCUGAAGUAACAAUCUCUGACAGGACUGAAACAACAGUUAAUACAAGCACUGGUGAUAAUUCAACAUCUGUCCCUGUGACUUCCAAUGGAUUGUAUUCUACUAUAUCCAGUAUGUAUUCUACUACUACAACAUCCAGCAGCAAGGAAUCACUAGGUCCUACCCCUACUCCUACUACAAGUGGAACCAGCUCUUUGUCUGUACUAGCCUUUGCUGUGAUUAUCCUGAUCUUAAUCCUUGUAAUAGUUGUGGUGAUCCUCGUCAGUGUCAUCAGCCUGAGGUUUAAAUGCUGUGAUUGCCAGGAAGCACCACAAGAUACAAGUAAGACCCGGAAUGAAGCACCAUCAGAAAGCUCUCAAGUUAAUGGAGAAAAAGAAAGCAUCACUUUGGUUUCUAUGCGAAGUCUAUAUACGGAAGCUGGAGGACAGGAAUCAUCGAUGCAGGGGAAUCUUCAAAAUGACUCCAAUGAAGUUGAUGAGACAAGAAACAAUUUCAGCAAAUAGGUGAUACAAAGCUGGUGUAGAGGAGCAGCAGAAGUCAACGCUGUAGAUAUGUACAAAAUACAGGAGCAUGCAACAUGGAAAGCUUUGUUUUUAUCUUACCCAGUAGGACAGGUUAUACAAGUCACUUGUAAUAAAGCAACUUCUGGAAACAU